CAGCUCGCUUCAGCCUGCCCAAGCUGGCAAUCUUCCUUUUCAUACCAACUGACGCAGUACCCUGUGAUGCUUACCAGCGACUUUCUUUCACCAUGAGUGAUCUCUGAAGGACACUGCACAGCGAUGUGUCUUUGAUAAGCGACCUCUACCUAGCAUCGACCACAAGUGACAAUCGAAACAACAACGAUGCAUGCCACCGAUUCUCGAACAAGGAGAAGGGGAAUAUUGAAGCACUCCUUGCUCUUCAACAAGGCCAAACAUAGCGAAGACUGGCAUCAAGCGAUCGAUGCCAUCGCCGGCGUACUACACCCACCGAAUCCGAAGUUCCCCUAUCCUCUAUUGCGGCAGGCUACCGAGGCCUAUCUCAAGAAGAAAGGCAAGAUUACCCAAGCAGAUAAAGACAUCCGUCUGGCCAUACUCAUCGAUGCUCAUGAAGCAAGAGACAUUGCUGUUGCUGCCGCAGCUCAUGCUAUGACAGCAACGAGUCUGAGGGCACUACUCCAUGUAGACCUGAACGUUGCGCAUGGAAGUUACUGGGGCUUGGAGACAUGGCUGCAGUGUCUCAUAGCAGCGAAUUAUGGCAAUUCUGCCUCGGUUACAGGUUUGGAGGCAACAUGGGCACAGUACCUACUGCCCUUCGCAACACAUGGCCCUGGGGCGGCAGGGAAGAUCCUCAUCGGAGUGAGCCGAGCAUUGAGGGAGUGCGCGACCCCAAAUAUGAACGUUGUUCCAGACUUCUUGGCUUUGACAAGUCGAGCCCUGACUGACUACGGAGCACACUUGGAAGGCUUACGACUGAAGAAUAAUUGGAUAGCUGCUUAUGGAGCCUCAUGCUGGAUGGCUGAACUCGGGCGCACAUUACCAGCCUCAACGUCUCCCGGAUUCUUGUUGCCAGAACACAUACUCGACGCUCAGUUCCCAGUAUGGCGGGUAUGGGCAAGUUGGAGGCCGGACUUGAGACUCGUACGGAUUCUGAGCUCGAUCGACAGCAACAGCGCGGCAGUACUGUCGGAUCUGCUCGCUCUGGAAGGCCCUGACUUCAUCAGCAGGGCCAAGUCUACGUUGCGAGACGGACUGAUCGAGCAGUACGGAUCGGACCGAAGCUUCAUCAAGCUUGGAGGGUUACUCAUCGAAGUCCCUAGUCGUACAAAAGACGGCCUGAGGGAGAUAUUGGAGAGCUCCAUCUCGACACUCGAAUCGAUAUGGACUACAGCAGUAUCAGCAGAUCGACUUCAGUUGUUCAAGUUAUUCACAGAGCUCACAAUUGCUCGACCCAUGACCCAGGAAGGCCUGAACCUGGUACAAGCUGUUCUAUUCAUAACAAAAGGUACAAAAGGAGGCCUCGGAUCCGUUCUUCUGAACGCCGUGCUCUGCAUCUAUACCGAGCGCAACAACCUUGGAGGAAGCCACAUCCGGGAACUGCAAGACCUCAUCCAACUAUUCGACCACGAUCACGCGUCCAGCCUUCGUAGGAUCCUUUCGACACCUACCUUAUUGCAAGGUAUAAGUCGAUGCAUUCAGGACAGACAGACAGCCGUUCGCACGCUUAUUGAGCAAGAUCAGCCAUGGACAGAGCUUGCCCUCGAGUUGCACACCUUUUGCUCUGCACUCAAAAGUUCAAAGAGCGUACCCAUCGUGGGGGAGAAGAUGAUUGAACAGAUGUGUUUACUGCUUCCACCAGCAGAGCAUAUAACAAUGGCCAUCGAUAUUUAUACUGCUGCGCGUAAUCGAAACUCCAAAGCACCUAUCGAGUCUACCAACACAGGCGGAUCGAUCGACAAAGGCAAGCAGAAAAGAGAGCCCGGCCAGCGUAUUGCAGCACCUGCAUUUCUUACAGGCCAGACUAAAGGUCUGCAACAUCCGUUAGACGAAGUUGUUGAACAAUAUUUCCUGCACCGCCUCCUUUCACAGCAAGCAGCUAGCUACACCUCGCAGCGUACACUCGACCCGAUAUUGAGAGUAUGGGAAAGCACCUGUGCACCAAAGCUUACUCAGAAGCGACGGUCACUAGUGAUUCUGGUUGCGAAGAUCACAAGCGAUGAUACCAAUCUUCGUAUCAGAUGCCUCAACGGGAUUGCUUCGACUGGCGAGCAACUAGGUCCAGGUCUUUCACUUGAAGAUCUUUUGAUGAUAUUGCAGGAUAUUGACCGAAAUCCCGAGCACAGAAUAGUGAGGCUAAUACGGCUACUGGCAAGUUGUCCCACUGCCCAAGAGAUUCUAUGCUGGCGAGACCUCGCGUAUCACCUACUCGCGCAAGAGACCCAUCUUGAUGUCUUUAAGGACAGGAAUCUGGUGGAUCACUCUUUGAAGACGAUGAAAGCAGCGGAAUGGCUGUCAUUUCUGGCCGACGUACAAUCGGUGUUCGCCUCUGGUCCAGCACUGCCUUCGGAUGAGAAUGCCGUGCCACCCAUACUGCGAGUCGAGUUGCAGAAGUACAGACUGGAGCUUGCACCAUACACUAACACUCUCACACGACUCGAGGAAGUGUUAGGUGACGAGAACGAUGCAGUAAACUAUAUUUUAAGUCGUGGUGGUGCACGAAGCAACAACAUCCUAGCCAUAUUGCAGACUCUGAAAUAUGCAGAGAAAGGACCGGUCGAGUCGUUUCUGCACAAGAUCGUUGGUAUGUUAUCAACCAAAGUCAACAAUGAAUGGGAGGUCUCAGACUGUGUCUCUAUCAUUUUCGACGCGUGUGGGGAGGUUGUAGAGGUCUGCAAGAAGAUCUGGAACGCGAAACAUGGCUUCUUGAUGAUCACGGGUCUCUCGAAUCUCGAUCAACAGUCUGUCCCUGGGAUUAAUGGUCGGAACAAAACAGUCGCAGCCUCGCCAUCAACGCCGAAGACUGCAUAUUCAGUUGUACCUGUCAGAACAUCCGCGCCAAUCGAUCCGACCGCUUCCAAAUACGAUGUUCCCAUUUCGGUUGUAGAGAUUAUGGUAACAGGGUGGCUACUGGAUGAGAAUGCUGCUGAGAACACAAAAAACGCAGUGCGUUCAAUAGCGUGCUUGCUCAACAUUGUGCAAACCGGAUUCAAUAUUUCUAGAGACAAACUCACGGAAGCAGCGACUUUCUGGGGAAAGAUUGAAGACGAAAUCAUUCAAGAAGCCGAUCGCUUAGGAAGCCUACGAAAAACACUCAAAGCGAAAGAUGCUAAGGGCACGACUCUUCUUCUUCAGCAAAUUGGCAUACCUGAUACGACUGAGCUCGAUGAAGAAAUGAUGAAGCUUCCAGCUGGAGUGAUGGAUGUGGUGGAGAGGAUUGGUAAUAACGAGGUCGAGAUCGCCUUCUCCUUGGCUGCCUUCACACAGUUACAACGUGGCGCAAUGGGUAUCCCGGAGUCCGCCAAUAUGCUCAUGCUUCAGCUGUUUCUCGACUACAAUAAGGACUCGCCGCCGUCGUUCUGUUUGCAUUACAACACCGAUGCACAUCUCGAGACUAUGGCACACACAAGGUACAGCUGCUCGACAGAAUCCCAGAACCCCACAAAGCAGAUAUGUACAUCUGCACAGACUGCUCUUACGUGGCAACUGGGCCGCAUUAUCUAUUCCAAACUAUGCAGAGGAAUAACAGGCAUAGCGGACAUCUAUCAGCACAUAACCGCAUGGCUACCUGAUUUACCCCAGCUCUGUGUAUCGUGCAGUGCCACACACAACUUACAAACAGCCCAACUCCGUCGUUCUAUUCCCUGCGACAGCCAUCCCUACUCCUGUGCUCGACUCUGGUACAAUCUGCCCCUCCACGUUCGAAUACCCGAAAUUCGAACCGACACUUUCGCCGUUGACAUAGCCCUUUCUUCCGUCUACGCUGCCGCCAUGACCAACAAGCCCGAACUCCUACCCAGCUGCCCGAUCCGCGGUAACGAACUCAUAAAAUCCAUCCUCAACUCCCUGCCCGCCAUGCGCGUCAUACGCGACGCCGUCGCUCCCUCCUCCAUACUCAGUUCCUACCACCCACAAGCCGAGAAGCUAAUCUCCUGGGCCGUUGUCCACCACCGAGGCUUUUUAGCAACCGCCACGGGCCUCCUCAAGAUUCCAAACCUCCCGCCAGGAACACAUCAAUUCGUGCUCGCCAACGCGAGUCCCAAGCUCGAAAGCACGGUUGUACAGAAAAUUCAGUCAACGAAACGAGAAACCACAGUCCUCUUCCACGGCACAUCCCUCGACCGCCUCCCUGCAAUCCUCGCCCAAGGCCUACGCGUCUGCUCCGGUACUUCACUGCAACGCACCGGCGCCGCACACGGCAAAGGGAUCUAUCUAUCCGACGAACCGGCGACGAGCUUCUACUAUAGUCCCACGAGUCUGAGCUGGAAGAACAGUGGUCUGAGUAACAUGCGGAUGUUGCUGGGGUGUGAGCUUGUGGGGAGUGGGAAUAGGGUUAGUGGGAAAAUUCACGUUGUUACUGAUGUCGGGAGUGUGAUGGUUAGGUAUAUUCUGCUGUUUACGAGGGAGGCGAGGAUGCCGAUCAGAGGGCAUAUUGAGCCGGCUAUGGCGAGUGGGAUGAAGGCGUUAAGGAAUGGUGCGGUGUAGGUUGGAGGUUGUUGUUUUGCUUUUAGAAGUAUCUUUCUACACGUCAGGUCCUAUCUUUGUGCAUACUUUGAUUUUAAAAGAGGUGUCCAUCACUACGGUUCGAAGACACGUUCCGACUUACGAACCAUAGAGACGAUAGGUCUCGCUUAGCUAGGCUGAGUGGGGCAAAGUGAGGGACUUCUGAAAUCGCCAAAAAAGAACCCAUAACGCAUGCAGUGUGU